AAAGGGCAGCUAGUGUUCCCAUCCUUGUCUAACAAGCUGUGAGGAGAAGUUGUUUCUGAGAUCUGAGCCUGAAGAGAGGGAACAAGUCAGUCAGCCUUCGUGGUCAGAAGAGAAACCUGUGACCAUGAGGAGCAGCCUGACCAUGGUGGGAACCCUCUGGGCCUUCCUGUCCCUUGUUACUGCUGUGACCAGUUCUACCAGUUACUUCCUACCUUACUGGCUCUUUGGAUCCCAGAUGGGGAAGCCAGUGUCAUUCAGCACAUUCCGGAGGUGCAACUACCCUGUGCGGGGAGAGGGACACAGUCUGAUCAUGGUGGAAGAAUGUGGGCGCUAUGCCAGCUUCAAUGCCAUCCCAAGCCUGGCCUGGCAGAUGUGCACAGUGGUGACAGGUGCCGGCUGUGCUCUGUUGCUCCUGGUGGCACUAGCUGCUGUCCUGGGUUGCUGCAUGGAGGAGCUCAUCUCCAGAAUGAUGGGACGUUGCAUGGGAGCAGCGCAGUUCGUUGGAGGGCUGCUGAUAAGCUCAGGCUGUGCCUUAUACCCUUUAGGAUGGAAUAGCCCGGAGAUAAUGCAAACAUGUGGGAAUGUCUCCAAUCAAUUUCAGUUAGGUACCUGUCGGCUUGGCUGGGCCUAUUACUGUGCUGGAGGUGGAGCAGCUGCAGCCAUGUUGAUCUGCACCUGGCUCUCUUGCUUUGCUGGAAGAAACCCCAAGCCUGUCAUAUUGGUGGAGAGCAUCAUGAGGAAUACCAAUUCUUAUGCUAUGGAGCUUGACCAUUGCCUCAAACCUUGAGCUUUGAAAGAAGAUUGGAGAGGGUGGGAAAGGGGAGGAGGGAGCCCUGAAAAGAGGUACUAAGGAUUAGGCCAUUUGUCAUCUGACUGUCAUUAGCAUAGCCUAGUGUUUUCAUGCUUUUUAAACUAAUUGUCGUUCAUUUUCACUUAUCUUUAAGCCAGUAGGUCACUGGCUGUUUAUAAAAUUCAUCAGAGGAAACAUUCUCAGACAUUUACCCAACUGGCAAGUCAUGCUAACCCGAAGACCCAAAGUACCCCUUUAUGCAAAAUAGGAUCCAAAGCUAAGGCUGGGUAAGAAUAGUUGUGCAGGGAGGGAGCACGAGGUGGGCAGAGCUGGUUCCUACCACUCCAUUCACACAGUUCAUCAGUUCAUUCCCAGGUAUUUAUUGUCACCCCCAAACAUCUCUGGAGUACUACUGCUCAAUUUUUGUGUCGUUAUCAGGAGUAUACCUUGGCUCUUCCUUUUUUUCUCCUGCUUCCCCCCCAACCUUGUGGGGAAGCUUCAGGGGGGCAGGGGAGGGUGAUUCCCAGUGGUGGGGAAAACAUUAAUCAAGGAUACUUGCAUUUAGCCUGGAGCCCCUUCCUCAUUAUGCUUUAGAAUAUUCAUAGGAGUUCAAUUUGUAUUCUGGCUGGGUGAUGAGCAAAAAAAAUAUAUAGUAGCAAAUAUUCUCUCAUCCUUUAGAGAUAAAGAAAUGGUGUUCAUCAAAUGUACUGAGAACAGACUAGCAUUUGUGGGGCACUCAAUAAAUUUAAAUUCAUGGUGACAGUGACAAGGAUGCUUCUGCUAGAUACUUAUUGAAAUUUCUAUCAGAGAUCAUUUUUAUUGACUAGGAAAUCCACAGUGGCCUUUUACCCCCUAUAGUCACUCCUAAUGUGACAUAAGUUCAUCUGCCUGUUUCAAAGACUGUUCAUCAAAUGAUCUCUCCUCCAUCUGGGGCAAGUUAGCCACAAAAGAACACAGCACUGAUGUCACCUAGGGCUGAUGUAUUUUUAGGCCUGGACUCCAUCCCAUCUGUGCUCAAGGUUGAUGGAUGGUGUAGAAGAACUUGCUGUCUCCUGGGGGCAGACUUUGUCUCACUCCUCCCCCCCAGUUAAUUCAGGCCAGCUCUAUUGUUCCAUAACUACAGCUAUUGUUCCGUAACUACAGCUUUAGGGAAUGGGGAGGGCCCGUGAUUCAAAAGGCCAGCUCAUCUGUUUCUAUUCUUAAUAAUUCCAGCAUGGUUUUGGUACAGCACUACCUAGAGGGAUAGAAAAUAGAAAAAAAACUGGCUUCGUAAGUUAUAUGCUAUCUCAUGAGAGGUCAGAGUUCUUAUAUUGGCUUUACAUAGGUAAGUGAAUUUAAAUGCUUCCUCCAUCUAUAGUUGAUUCAUUCAUUGAGUCACUCAUUUAGAAAACAUUUCUUGAGCAUCUUACUGUAUGACAGAUUCUGUGCUAAGUUCUGGGGAUAAAAGGACAAAGACAGUUUUUCACCUUAAAAGGGAUAGUGGUGAGGUAUUGAGAGACAUGUCAAUAAGUACUCGUGAGUGUAUUUAGUGCUAGAAAAGUGAAGAAGAGUAGCUAAAGGAUCACAGAGAAGCCAUUAAACCAACUUGGCAUGAAAGGGUUCAUGGGAAAGCAUCCUAGCAAAGAAGAUGGGUCCGAGAGAUGAAUAGCAGGAGCUUUGUUAGAAAAGGUAAAGAGUACACGAGACAAGCAAUGAUGGCACCCAAGUCAUGGAGACAGCAUUAGAAUGACGUAUGGGUGUAAAAAGAGAGGUGGCAAAAGCUGAAGUUGAAAAGGGAAGCAGUAGCCAGAUUCUGUGGGACCUUUUACUCCAGAAUAAGGCGUUUGAAUUUUAUCCUAAAGAAGAGUCAUUGAAAGGGAAGUGACCUGAACAAACUUGUAACUUUCAAAGAUAAGUUUGGCUAAAGUGAGGAGAAUGAAAGAAAAGACGAGGAGAACUAGAGAUAUUUCAAUAAUCUAGGUAUAAAAUGGUCAAGGCCUGGAGGAAGGUAGUGAUUGUGAGGCUGGAGCAGAUGGAUGAAUUUGAAAGAAGAUAUUUAGGAAGUACAUGCCACAGGAUUUAUUGUCUAAUGGAUAUGUGUAGGUAUUGGCAAGUGAAAAUUUUGGGAUGACCACUCCGGUAUGUGGGCGACUCCUAUCAUCAAGAUGGCAAAUGCAAGAGGAAUAACAGGUGGUAGGGAACUGGUGAUUGAAUUCAUGUCAAGUAUUAUAUCCCUCAUGGAACUGCAUUAAGUGUUUAAGGUAAGGCCAACUUGAACAUACCUCACUGGGAAGGAAGCAAUGUAAUGUGUUUGCAGCAUCUCCUUUCUUUAAGAAAGAUGACGAAGAACAGCUAAAACAAAAAUGCAACUAGCUUAAACCUCAGUUUUAUUGUGUAGACACAAUAAUGUGACCUUAAUUUAGGAGGGCCCACUGUAUAGAGAAUAUGUCAAAUAUUUGAGAAAAGGCAGAUAGCUCACUUCAGAAAAGGUAGUUGGAUCAGGUGAUCUCUCUUUUCAGGCUAGGCAACCUGCUGGAAUUCUGUAGGAUAGACUUUGUCAAAGUGAGUGUAUAAGUCAGAAUCCUGCCAAGUAUACUCAAGGAGUUUAGCUGAGAUGAGCUUAGUGAAGGGACAAUUUAUGAUGGCGUGUGCAGGGUUAAGGGAACUUACCAGUGAUUGUGAGGCAUAGAAAGACUAUGAACAGUGAGGGGCUGUUAUUAUUAUUACUCCUAACACUGAAAGGACAAAGGGAAGAAACAGUGUUAUUGGCACCCAGUAAGCACUGCACAUGUACAAGAGGGGCUGCCUCACAGGAGCUGUUGCUUCAGGUAGCACAAUGUAGUCUCUGCCCAAAUGCAGUAAGGAGGGAGAGAGGGGAAUGAACACCCAUAUCUCACUCUCUUUCCACUCUUUGAUAGGAGAUCAAAGACCCAGCCAAAUGGCAGCUGGCAAAGAAGCCUGUUGCAAUAGCCCAUUGAGGUCAGACUCCUUUGGCAUAGAGCAUGGCAGGGAAGGGUGGAGAAUGAAGCUUGGGAUUGGGGUUAUGAGGGGCCAAUGGGAAAUAACAUUUCAGUGAGUGCUCUUAGCCACCAGACAAUGCCAUUGCCUUAUGCACUGCUUCCCAGGAAGUAUAUGCUUUGCUUUCCUCCAUGGCCCAGAUGCUUAAACACACUGUGAAGUAAUUGGACCCUGGAAGGGAGACUGAAGAGGAAGGGGUUAAUUUGAAAGAACACUUUAAAUAACUAUCACCUUGGAGGAGUUAGUUGCAGGUGAAGUAAGUUGGAAUGUUUUCUCCUCUUUUCCAAUGAAAGGAAACUGGAUUUAAAAGAUAUAUAUAUUUUUUUUUUUCUGUGAAGAAACCAGGUCUUCAGGGGCUUAUAUUCAAAGAGGGAUCUAGCCCCAUGUUCAAUUCGAAUUAAAAUUCCUCCUUGCCUAUGUCUGGUUUCUUUCCUGCUUCCUGCCAGGCCUUGUUUUUACAUAGACGCCUGACAAGACUUGGUUCUUUUCCCCAUGGCCUGGAGCAAACUUAGAAGCUAAAUCUGCGUCUUGGGCUGCUAUUGUACAGAAAGGAAGGAGAGUCCAUGGGUCAGGUGGAGGCUGAAUGAAUGAGGUGAGAACCUAAGAGACUCUGCAGUUUGUCCCAUGCCUAGCUGGCUGUCAUGUUCCUUACCUGGGCAUGCAGGCCGAGUGCCUAACUAUGGGCCCAUUCUGACCCUGGAACCACUUAGAUCUUGGGAAGGGGUGAGAGGUAGGAGGUGAUUCAUCUGGGCUAACUCACAGUCCAUUUAGUAUUUCAUAAGAGCCCGUUUUGCAAGAUACUCCUUUCAGACAAUAAUCUCAGAUGGGCAACAACUUCCCAAUUGGCAUGCUUUUGUGUCUAGAGGAUUGAAAUUUCUACACCUGGGCUAGCAAGUGUUAAGUCACUAGGGUAUGUCUUCAGUGGUGCUGUCUCUCUAAUGUCACACCUCAUUACCUCUGCUCUCAGAGGAGUAGCUUCCUUCAUUCACUUACAGCUGCUAGUGACUUCCAGGCAGUGGGUUCUGCCUUGCAGGAGCGAGCGUGUGACCUGAGCCAAGAUGGAAAGGAUCUGGUCUCUGGGAAAGGAGUUCUGGCUUAUGCAAGAGUAGAUGGCAAUACGAAGUCUUGGCUGGAUGAGGGAAAACCCUGUGAGGAUGAGGGAAUGAGGAAGCUUCUGGGAAGCAGAGGCUUUAUAAAUUUGUCAAACAAAUUGUACUAAGGAAAGGUCUAGCUCCUUCAAUAUAUGAUGGGGAUACUUUCUUCUGAGUCUGGUAUUCACUCUCUGUAGAAACAUUCAUAUUAAUUUAAAGUAGUUUCAAGAUGGUAUUUGGUCCCUAGGAAGCCCAGUGAUGGGAAAAAUGGAACUUUCAAGAAAACUAAUACUGAAUAUAUUUUGUAAAGGAUGGAAGGCAUCCUACUUGUUGGCUUGAGGGGAAAGGUGUGCUAUUUCUAGAACUCACAAUCAAUCUCCAGCCAUACCCAGUAAAGCUUUCUUAGUAGACAGCAGUCAGGGCUCUUCCAAAGAAUCAUAGCUACCUUGUGUCCUUGGUUAAAGAGUAUUUUCUGAGCUGCAGUGAGGCUGGAGUUGAAAGAUACUUAUUACUGGCCUCUCUCUCAGAUGUAGAGAAAUGCAUUUUAAGCUUCAUUUUUUCAUCUACUUCUGAGACUUGGCUCUCCCAGGGAGAUCUCCCAGAUCUCUUCUCUAAACUCGUCAAACCCCCACUGAGUCCUCAAAGCUAACAGCAAAUAAACAGUUGCUAUGUGUGCACACAAAUAAUUUAGAUUUUCAUUAUACAGAGCUGCUGAUAUGUUAGGAGGCAGAAGUAGGGGGAGACAAAACGCUAGGUUUUGAUGGCAAUGCCGUAUUCUUCUCCUUCCUCCCCUUCCAGAAACGAGGCCUAGAGAACAGUACUUGGGAGUCAGGGGGUGGUGGGGGUGGGGGGUAUCAGGGCCAGCCAGCAUCCACAUUGGCAGGACCCUGAUGUUGCCUGCCUUUCAUGUAGUGUCUCUGCUACAUGAAAGAGACAUUAGAAGAGGUGGUAGAAACUACAGAUGAGAAUCAAAGCUGGUAGAAAGUUCAAGAGGGACAAAGGGUAAAUAAAGAGGUAAAUAUCAGAACCACUCCAGAGAAACAGUGUCUCCUCCCACUGUGGCUUAUUAGAAUUUCAUUUGGGACACUUCGACUUUCUUUCGAAGAUAUCUCAGUAUCUUCUGCACUAAAAUAUUGCCCUCCUAGGCAACAUGGUAAAGUGAAAUCGGUCCACGAUUUGUAGUCGGACAAAUCAAGGUUUGAAUCUCAGCUCAAACAUUUAUUAGCUGUGUGUCCUUGGGCAAGGCAGUUAACUGAGCUUACUAACAUUCUAAGAUAACACUGGCUAUUGACUCCACAAUUCUCAGCAACUAUAGAAGGAGUUAAUCAUUCGGUGGCCCCAUUCAUUUUAAUUUGCAUUGAUUAUUCUAAUGUAGUGAUUUUUAAUCCUGGUCGACAUUAGAAUCUCCUGGGAAGCUUUUAAAAAAUUUUCAUGCUUUUGUCCAUCCCAGUUCAACUGAGUCAGAAUCUGUAGAUGCCACUACACCAUACCACCCUCUCUUUAUUUUUGCUAUCAUCUACUGACCUCCUAGUCAUCCCUCAUUCAUAAGGACUUUAGCACCUGGCUCAGUCUCUUCUCUAUUUUUAUUUCUUUCAUCCUUUUAGAAAUUUCAACAUCAUGUGAACCACUCUUCCAAUUUACUGGCCUCUAAACUCUUUGACUUCUUUACCUCCAAUAAUAUUUUUUUUCUACCCAACCUUUGUAGCUCCCACUCUUGACAUCAACAGUAAACACACAAUCACUAAAGUCCUGAUGUCAAAUCUCCCAUUCCUGACCAACACUUCUUAUUCUUUCAUCUCAAGUUUUUUAACAUCCCAACUCUACCAACUAUUUGACCCCAUCCUAGUUACACAACUAGAGUCCCUAGUUUAUCAUUGUAAUCACCCCUUCCAUAAAUGUUCCACUCUUUUCCCCUCUUUAAUUCUGCCAUAUAUUUAUC